AUGGAUAGCAGCAGCGGCAGCGGUGGUGGAGAGCAGCUUGCUGCUGCUGGUGGCGCUGGUGGAGGUGCUACUGUGGACCCUCCUAUCCUUGCUUCGGAAGAGACGAGAGCCGUGCUGUCCGGGAGCCUGUUCCGGUGCUCUCCCGUCUUCAGCCCUUCGUCGGACGCCGUGUUCUGCGCGUGCAGCUCUAGCGUGCUAGGCGUCAGCGUGGAGACGGGCGAGCAGGGAGAGGCUGAGCGGUGUCUUCGAGUUUACAACGUGGGAAUGCCCGUGUACCAUCUCUUCAUGGGCAGACAAGACGGCAGCGGGACCGCCCUGGACGUUAUCGUAGUCACGAAGGAGGGCACCGCUGCUCUUCACGGGUACGGGGAGGAAGCGGGAGGAGAAGGGGGCCACGCUGGCGGGAAGAAGGCGAAGAGGGGGGGGACUCCGUCCGCCCCUGCCUCGAACGGCCUCCAAGACAUGGACGACGACGACGACGAUGACGAUGACUUAACUUCGGAAGAGGACGAUUCUUCUGAUGACGACGAAAACAAUGAGGAUGAUGAUAAUGACGUUGUUGAGAUCGAGGAGGGAGGGGGGAGCACAACUCCUUCUCGCCGCCGUGGUGGUGGCAGGGUUAAGGAGGCAGGCGGUGCGUCGUCGGGGGGGCCCAACAAGGGGGCGAUGAGGAAUGCACGUGGGAGUAAGGGCGCCCUCGGUCGCCGCAGGAAGAGGGGCGACGGCGCUAAGGCUGACCAGCGCCUCUUCGACUGGCAGGCGGUGCGGUACGGCCUCGCCAAGGGGGUCUCCGAAGCCGUCAUCCUCGUCUCCAGGCAGCAGUACCGCUGGAUCGGCACCACGGCGCCCCGCUCCCCCGUUCCCGCCGCCGCCGCCGGGGGAGGGGGCGACGCGAAGAGGCGAGGGGGGGGAGCAACAACUUGUCCGGUGCUGUUGUGGAAGGACGGGAGGGAUGUCAUGGCCGUCGAUGUCGGGACCGGCGACAAGGCGGCGUUGGUGACGGCGGUGGCCCCCGUGCGGAGCUUGGUCGUGGGGGGCGACGGGGAAACGCUGGUCACGGGACACCUGGACGGGAGCAUGAGCCAGUGGCACGAGCUGACGGACAGGCUUCGGGCCGCCUUCAAGGUUUCUGGCUCACGGGAGGUGUUCUCGGAGGGGGGGGCUCCGUCGACCGACAUGCACUGGCACGCGCACCCCGUGCGUUGCAUGUCCGUCGCCCCGGACGGGGUCCAGCUGUUCUCUGGAGGGGAAGAAGCGGUGCUGGUACAGUGGAACCUCAGCAAGGGGACGAAGGCCUUCCUCCCCCGUCUUGGCGCUCCUCUCCAGGUCUUGCAUAUUGAUUGUCGUGAAGAUGUUGGAUGCUCAUGUUCAUGA